AUGGGAGGUUGGUCCUAUUGUCGGCGGAUUGGCGACAAAACCCCUGGCUGGUUACCAGCCGACCGCAUCACCGAGUUGGCUCAACUCAUAGCAGGUGGAGACAUAAGCUGCGGGCUGUGGGUGGAAGAAAUCUUCGGGGAUCAGCAUGAACCUUCCAUCAAGCCUGUGACGGGUGCCUUGUGGAUCCUGUGGCGUAGUGAAGCUGCACCUGCCCGAUGUGAGCUGUGGCUGUCUUGGGAAGCCCCUUCCAAAGCCUCCAAUGCUGCCUCCGCUGCAAUGCUUUUGCUCAAGCCUAGCUCGAACAAGAAGGAGUCCAUGCAGGCGCGGAUAGCAGAGAAGAUGGCCCAGCGAGACAAUGCAGAAAAUGCCUGGAUGGGGUGGAUCUGCCCCUGUGGCGGGAAAAACUUGACCAUGAAAGCUCGGUGCACUCUCUGUGGGCAAGUUAAGCCGCUGAGUGCCCAGCAAAGGGGCGUGGGCCAAGCCGCCGCAGCCAUCGAACGCGCGCGAAGGGAUACGCCGAGCCCAAGGCGACGGCCCCAAAGUCGAACGCCGCGGACCCCUCCGGCGCGGAAACGGAGGAGUCGAAGUCGAAGCAGAAGUUCCUCCAGCAAAAGUUCAUCUUCCAAGAGUGCAACGGAGAAGCCUGAUGAUGCCACCGAAGCGAAGCGCCUCGCCAUGCAGCAUUUGCAGAACUUGCAGGACAUGAAAGAUGGCAAGGAAAAGCAAAAGGCCUAUCGCAAGCUCCUGCGGGAAUGGCAUCCAGAUAAGAAUCCAGACAAAGCUGCCAGGUUGCGUUUGACAAAACGCAGGAUGAUAUGCCUGAUCUCUGCCAGCGAGCCACUGAGAGAGCUCUUGGAUGCCCUUGGCCCGCAGCUCCCUGGUUCUGUCGAAAGGCAGAUGGGCUGGGUGACAGAUGCCUACCUUCAAGACAAUCGCUCAGAGGCCAUGCUAGCGUCAAAAUGGCACCGGCUCGUUCUUCAAGCACUUGAUGAGGUUGUCACGUAUGCUGUGCAGUUGGAGACAUACCUCAAGGAGGCCAAGCCAGAAGAUCGAAGUGCAGAUCCUGAGUGGAUGGAGAAAUGCAUGCAAUUCUGUUACUACCUUGGUACCGAGUUGCAGCAAAUCACUGAAGCUUUGUCGCAACACGGCCUAUCACAGAGCGCCACUGGCAAGUAUGCCAGUACAGUGGUAGAGGCACAUUGGAGACGUGGUGAUGUGGUGGGCAAUAGCGAGCAUGAGCUCAGUGCUGCGGCGGGUGCACGGGUGUUCAUCAUCGAUGCAGAGAAUGCAGACUGGGCAUGGUGCCGCUUAGAGGAGGGUCGCACAGAGGGAUGGCUGCCUCGCAAUGUGUUGAUUGUGGAGCCUGGUGAUGCGCCCGACAAGGAUUUGCCUGACUGGAUCAAGGUGGGUGAAAAGGCUAGGUGGUGGUCCAACUCACAGAAGCAGUUCUGCGAUGUGAACAUCACAGCGGUGGAUGAAUCCGCUCGGCAAGUCACUGACACCUCCUGUUGGAAGAUGGUUCCCUUCGAGCACUUCAAGCAGAAAGAGGUGCGUCAUGGUGCGUCGCACGGUCGCGUAUUGGUGGUCAACGAGCCAGCAUCGCGUGCUGCCUGUGCAGAUCAGAGAUGUUUGUUCCAGAACGCGCCAGGCUGGAGAGUCAAGAAACUUGUGCAGUUCCACGAGCUAAUAGACUCGCCGAAGGAAUGCCUACUCCAAAAAGACAGAGCCGGGCAUACAUGGAGGAAGCCCCGGCGAAAGUCCAGAGAUAGAGGAAGUGGUUCCAAGGAGGCUGCGGAGGCUGGAAGCCAAACAGAGGCUUCAGAGCCUGACACUGGUCCGAAAGCCUUGGGUGAUAUCAUGGCUGAGAUGGCUCAGGACAUCGGCGACAUGAUGGGCCCUGAUGCCGCGAAUGAUGACUCCGACAAUCUUCGAAAAGCUCUCACCUUCAUGGGCACUGCUGAGUUCUUGCCGGGUGAGCUGGAGCAUGCGGAGGAUGGCGACAUGACAACUCCUGCAGAUUCCAAAAUCCUUGAAGAACUUGGUGCGUCUGGAGAGCUUGAGGCAAGCCUGCGGAAAGACCAGGGCUCGGAGUUGCCUGAUGCAAUCACAUCGGCUGACCUGUUGCAGGCGGAUCAGCAAGCAUCAGGGGAACCAGGCAAGAAGGGUGCGAUGAUAAGCUUCUCCCAAUCGGAGGAGAACAUCAUGGAGGCCUUGGAGGCCAUUGGAGACGAGAAGGGUCCGACGGCCUCCACCACAGCCUCCGAGGGGCUCUUCAACACCAUGGAGAAGGCGUUGCUGAAUGAGCUGGCUCCACCUUCUCCAACUCCAGAAGAUCGAGCCACGGAAGAUCCAGGUGUUCUGGAUGCAGAGGCGAUUUUGCUCAUCCUUUGUCAGUUGAGGGCCAGCAUCUUGCUUCGAUGUUUUUUUUUGAUUCCCCAUUUCCUGCUUCCCAGAUUUGAUUUGCUUUUUUUUUUAAAUAUAUUUAUUAGAUACUUGAAGCAUCGAAGAUAG